AUGGUUACUGAGGAUAAGGAUAGGGAAGAAGUGGAAGUUGCUCUCACCAGUGUUGCCCCCAAGAAGACCAAACCAAAGUGUGAGUCACCAGAUUCCUAUAAACCAGCUAAACCCACCACCCCAUGUUUCAGUUCCACCCUUCCCCCUCCUCAGGAUUCAUACUUCUAUCGCUCACCAGCAGACCCGCCAGCAAGCACAGCAACUGAUGUCUCCCUUGACCUUUCAGAGUCUUCAUCGAGACAGCACCGUCACAGCCGCUACAAAAAGUCCAAAAUUCAGCUCGCCGCUCUUCGAAAGAGCUUCCUGAGAGAGAACUGGCCUGCAGAGGCAGAGCUAAGACGUUUGCAGGAAGAAACUGGGCUGACCCGUAAUGACAUUCGUAAAUGGUUCAGUGACAGCCGUUAUCAGCUUAGAGUUGGCCGUGGAAGCCUGGCAGCAGCCCAGAGCUAUUCUCAACACACUGCUGUGGGAGGUAAACAUGAUCAACAAACUCAACCUCUUCCACUCAUUACCCAAAAGACUCGUCAGCCGAGUAGCGUGAAGGGCAACGACGCCACCCGGAACAGUGGAACAAGAAGUACACAUUUCUUCCAGACCUUUCUGACGAACACCCUGGAAGCAUUUGGGGAAAGAGGACCGGAGGCCGAAGAGUGUGAUGUUAUGGAGGAGCUGUCUGGUGACGGGGACAGUGUCAAAGACGAGGGGCAAAGUGAAGAACAGCCCUUACAAUUGACCAAGACCUGCAAGAUUGAGACAGAUAUUCCACAGGAACCAUCUGAUAUAUUAAAAUCAUCUCCUCACUCUUCCCCAUCUAGCAGCCCACCACCAACUAAUAAACAACUUUCAAACAGUAGCAGCACAUCAAAGAAGUCAUCCCACCCGGCCAAAGCCAGUCCCUCACCAACACCCAUGCUUAUCUCAGGGGCUCCUUCAACUACAUCUCCGUCUCCUGCUCUCACUCCUGGUGGGCGUCCAAGAAAGACCAAGGAGCAAUUGGAUGUUUUAAAGCAGCACUUCUUGCGCUGCCAGUGGCCCAAGAGUGACGAUUACACUGAACUUGUUAAGCUUACAGGUUUACCCCGAGCAGAUGUAAUUCAGUGGUUUGGUGACACACGUUAUGCUGUUAAAAAUGGCCAGCUGCGCUGGGUAAAGGGGGUCCGGGACCAGUUCUUGGCUGAACUUGCCCUUCAGCAGAGUGGCAGUGGUCUGACUAAUGGAAGCAGCUCUGGGACAUCUACUCGGGUUGGCGGUAGCCGCAAACGGAAAUCUCAGGCAAAUGUACCAAGUACAGGUACUCCUGAUAUCCAGCCAUUGUUAGCGUAUUUCCUUUCAACAGGCCCCCUACAUGAAAAAGACCUUGACACACUAUGCAAGAAAUCAAAGAUGAGCUACCAGCAAGUGCGAGAUUGGUUUGCAUCUCAGGAUGCUGGGGAGACUGACCAGGAACAAAGUAUUACUGAUUGAGACACUGGAACCAGACAUAAGAAUCGGGCUGUGCGAUAUGACCAAAAUCUCAUGUCCCCAUAGGCAUCUUUUCAUAUUCAGAUAAUAUAUCUCAGUAAUGCAAAUUUUAAAUAAAUAAAUGUAAAAUUAAUAGAUUUUCUCCUCUUUGUACUUUGAUCCAACACUCGACCCGGGUGUUUUCGAUUUGGCAUUGUGUACCUUGGGUCAAGUUUUCGCACCGACUCUCAAAUCCUGCUGCUAAAGCAUAUAAGUGUAGGCCAUGUCUUUGCAGAUAUAAGUUUUACCAGCAGUCCUAAGCUUCCAUCUUUGCGAUGCUUUGCCAUGUGGUGCAUCAUGGGUAAAAGCCUCUAGCAGUAUCUGAGUCUGGGGUUUGUUUUAAGCACCCAACUGUACUUUUUCUCCUCCGUAAUAUUCCUAAUGCUGGUGGACAUUAUUUUUGCGCAGGUGGUAAAAGAGGUGGUCGGUGUUGGAGUCUGUUUAUAAAGUUUUCUUUUCUGGUCUGUGUCAGACUUUUUAUCCAAACACAACUUUCAUGCAACAGAAGUAGCACCUCUUUUAGGUAUGAGCUCCUGGUUUCGGGGUCUUAUCAGAAUUGCUGUAUUCUGUGCCACGUUCACAUGUCCUGCCUGCAUCCGUGCCAUGUGGGAAAAAAGCAAAACACCCAAAUAACAAAAAAGGACUGCUUUAAAGAGUGACUUACGGUGGAACAAAAUAAACAAUACUGGAUCAUGCAAAGAGACUUUUCUAUUGUGACAGGUCGUCAUAUCACACAGCCCUACUUCAAAACAUUUCUAAAAGUAGGCGGAGUGCUCCUCAUGUCCUUUGCACCAACAAGCAGUUAUUACUUUGGUUUAAAUUGCUUUAAUUGGGGCAGUUUUGUAACAUCCAGUCUUCCCAGUACAAGCCCUUGAUGAGGUUUGUGUUUUUUAUAUAUCCUGCAUUUCCUGCUUAUCCUAAUAUAUUUGGACUGGAAUUAUAAUUGCGAUGCCUGUUUUACUGUAAAUAAGACAGUAAAUUGUACACUGGUUUGCAAUAUUUUUUUAGCUUAUUUUUGUUUAGAUCUCACUACUUAAGAUUUGUCUUAGUAUGAUAUUGUAGCAGUAUAAUUUAAACUGGUUGUACUCUCGGUACCUGACUAUAGCAGAUAAGUAACUGCUCCAGAAAUUGUCUGUGUUCAUGAAUUUGUUGACUGAUCAUUGUGUGUCAUAAUUCCUUCACAUCAGAUAAUUCCUUUUCAUUGAAAGCACACUGGACAUGUACACUUUAAAUCGAUAUCUUGCACUUUGGUUUCAGAGCCUGCUGCCAUUACUUCCAUUAAAUUCAAUUAUUUCACAAAAGAAUAAUUCCUAACUUGCCGUGUCAUUUCUGAACCCUAAACAGGGAAAACUCUGAACAUGUCUUAAAAGUAACAUUUCAUUUAUUCUACUUAGGUCAACAGCGUAUUUUUGAAGAACAUUCCUGAUUCUCCCCUAGUCUGCUGUAAUAUUUGAUUUACUAGUAGAAUACUUUGCUUGUCAUUUACAUUUAACAGUACUGAGAAAGAGGCAAUUGCAUUAAUCAUUCAGGUAGAGUUGCCAACUUAAUUAUGUGCAUUCAACGAGUCAGUCAGUAUUUUUAUAUAUCUUGUCUUAAUAGGUCUAGGGCAUGACUUUUAAAAUAUAGACAAAGUAGAUAACUCAUGAGGGUCCACAUACUUUGUAAGUAGCAAGAAGGCUUUAAAUGCAUAUCUAUUUCUGUCAACUGUGAUUAUGAAUAACAGUACAAGCAAAAUAAAUAUGAGGUAUCAGUUCAUGUAUUUAUUAGUUAUUUCAUACAUUGCUGUGUGUUGCAAGAAGAAAUAAGUCCCCAUUCUUUAGUACUUCGGCUCACAAGUACGAGUCAGAGUGUAGUUCCAUUUUAAAUGCCUCGACAGAGGUUAGAUGACCAGAAUGUUGACAAAGCUGUGUGCAUCAUUGUAUUGGUCGUGAAACGUUAACACAAGUGUUGUGGGGAGAUGUCCAUAACACUUAGUGUUUACAAUGUAUUUUGUACUGUUUAAAAAAUCUCAUUUGCACAAUUGUGUCACUGGAAACCAGUAAAGGAUUUGCCUUUAUAA